GAUAAAAGGAAAGGUGUUGUACUGGUCACGUAUAGCCCUUGUGUUCCUACUACGUUAGAUGCAGAUUCGUAAAUUGAUGGUUUUCAAUUUACUUUGUUAAUAUUCACCUGUUACCGACACAGCACUCUGCACGAAACACGAAAGGGGCAGUUGCAGCGCAGACUGCGUUAGAACCGGUGCUCUACGCCGCACCUGCUCUUGCAAAUUCGAGUACGAAGCUUUCAUAGUCGUAGUUACUUUUUUGUUUUCAUGAAAGGUGAAUAAUGCCCAGUAUUUAUCUCAUGUUUUAUAUGUUCUUAGUCAAUUUCUUGAAUCAAUUUUAGAGACAUCAACACGUUUGACCUUGAACUUGAACGCUGCCGGCGGAGAUGGCUGGCCUCCGAGUGCUGGUGCUCGUAGUGCUGGCAGGCGCGCUACAGGCAGUUGGCGCGGCGCUGCCACCGCCUGAGCGCUCCUACAACAUCCUUAUGCUGCUGCCCGUGUCCUCCAAGAGCCACCGCAACGUCUUCAUGCCCCUUGCCAAGGCCCUCACGCAGCGCGGCCAUAAGAUAACGAUGCUGAGUAACCAACCUGCGCCGGACAAUAAUCCGAAUAUUCGAUACAUUGAGAAUCCAUCCAAGCACGUUGACACCGACAAGGUUAAUGCCUUCGAAAUUUUGGGUUCACCCGAGAAAAUGUUCAAAACAUUCACCGAGUUGAUCCCAAAAGUGGCUCAAGAGAUCUAUAAAGUCGCCGAGGUGGCAGACCUCUACGAGAAGAGGAGAGAAUUUGAUCUCAUUGUGAUUGAUGCAUUAUUCAAUGAGGUGAUGUAUCCGUUCACCCACAACCACACUUUCAUGACGAUCAACCCUGGUGAACUGCACCCAUCAUUUAGCGCGUCGAUGGGAAACUUUCUGAACCCAGCCUACGUCUCCAACAUGCUAGAAAACUACCAACAUCCAUUUUCCCUGCUGGAUCGGUGGAAAAAUCUGAUCAUGAGCGUUAUCUUGCCAUUUCAUUGGGAGCGUGCAAUCGUUACGCCUGUUCAAGCUGAGAUUUCGAAGCAAUUCCCUGAUUUGCCACGUCUUGAUGAUCUGAAACGCAACCAAAGCCUGACGCUCAUCAACUCUCACUUCAGCGUCGGCCAGCCUCUGCCUCUUCUGCCCAACCAGGUCGAAGUUGGUGGCCUACACAUAGGUCCUCCUGCAGCGCUCCCUAAGGACCUAUCGGACUUCUUGUCUGGCACGACGCCGGUGGUGUACAUGAGUCUGGGCUCUAUUGCGCGCAGCAGCGCCAUGCCCCAGGAGUACAAAGACAUCUUCUUCAGCGCCUUCGCCAAGCUCCCCUACAAAGUCCUCUGGAAGUUCGAGGAAAAACCACCCAAAAAGGCCAAAAAUCUUUUCGUUCAAAGUUGGAUGCCUCAACAGGACGUACUGGCGCAUCCUAAUGUGAAGGUUUUCAUAUCACACUGCGGCUGGCUGGGGUCUCAGGAAUCCCUGUACUUUGGUACGCCGAUUCUUGGUCUACCGAUUUUUGGUGACCAGCCUAAGAACGCCCUGGCUUUGGAGCACGCAGGGGUGGCUCGAUCACUUGCCUGGGCUGACUUGAACGAGCAGCGACUGAUGGAUUCCAUCACGGAGCUCAUAGAGAACCCAAAGUACCGGGAGAAGGCUGAGAAAAUUUCAGCAGCGAUGAAGGACCGUCCGCUGAGCGCCGUGGAGACGGCCGUGUACUGGACAGAGUACGUCAUCCGCCACCAGGGGGCGGUGCACCUGCGCUCCCCUGAGCGUGACCUCACCUGGGUGCAAUUGCUUCAUCUCGACCUCCUGCUUCUCUUGCAUGUCGCUCUUUAUCUCGUCUAUUUAAUUAUAAGCAAGUUAUUGGCAUUCUUCUGUGGAGGUAGUCGUAGCAAGGCCAAGAGGAUGAAGGGGAAGAGGGACUGAGGCUUGAAAGGUUAAUAUGUUCAUUCUGAGCUUGUAUCAUUGCAUUUUCAAGUGCACGUCAAGUGCUUCAUAAUUAAGAAGAAGAGUAGAAAUUCCCUUAUAUAUCAGCAGUACUUUUAUUAUUUAUUACAUUUCAGCAGUAUCCAUUGAAUUUUUGAUCGGCCUCGCAAUCGUAUCUCAGCUGAUGUUUUGUUUAGAAAUCGAAAUCUUCUCAUGUGCAUUUCUUCUUCUCUUAAUUGCAUGUCGCCUCCUUCCUUUUUACUAUCGUGCUAUUAUUAGGAUUUCAAUUUUGCUUCAGAGAAAAAGGCUAACCGGUGCAUUCCAAGAAGAAAAAUGAGAAGUGAA